AUGCUGGCAGGAUCAGUCCGCAAGCUUGCCACAACCAGGUAUCAGUCGUCAAAUGAUGGCGGUAAGCCUGUAUGGAUGGCAGGCGGUGCGCUGGAAGUCAUUAGCGUCCGCGGCUCCUCUUCUUCACCCGACUUGAAGAACCUGCAGCCACUCAAUCGUGAUCCAGACAGGAUUGCGUUUCUUUACGCAUGGAUGCAGGCGAAGGAAGCCGUUCAGGCUGGCGCCCAGGAUGCCAGCACCUUGAAAGGUUUCCUUCUUCAGGUUAAGUUCCUUGACCUUCCCACGGACGAUCAAGUGGAGCGCAAGAAGUUUGAACUUGCGCAAGAAGUCCGAGAUGAAGCUGAUGUGCUUGUCCUCCAGGGCUUCAGGCAGAUGAAAGCAGUCGCUUUCGUACGCGACUUUCUGAAGAACCAGGGCAAGGGGUACAAUGAGGUUCAGAUGGAGACAUGGUUUGGAUCUCAGGUGAACCUCAAGGCGGCAAAGAUCAAAACGAUGCUUCGUGUCUAUGACCGCAUUGCUGAUGUGCAGGGUGCUGAGCUGAUCAUAGCUUCUCUUGAUGAUCGCUUUGGGAGCCAGCAUUGCUUCAACAACCUUAUGACGCUCGAGCUCCUCACGGCUAAGACGGCCCUCCCAAAGAAUGUGGUGGGCUUGCCCAUGUGCGUCCUGGGAUUCAGCUUGAUAAUUCUCAACCUGUGCGCGCUGGAUCGCUGCGACCCCAAGCUGACCAAAGAGGGCGUCACGGCAGCUAUUGCCAGGGCCUUGGUCAAGCGUCGCUUGACAAACUUGUUCGCUACAAAGCUGAAGGGCGAGGAUGUCAAGGGGGAGACAUACCAGCCCGGGUAUGCCCCCUCGCAGGUGUUUUCCACAAUCUUUUCUAGCAUGGCUGCUUUCCGAGCAACAAAGUUGCAUGAGACAGCAUACACAUCGUUGUCAUGGGUGAGCCAGUUGCCGGCUUGGCAGGUUGAGGUGCUCCAGUUUGGAGCAAAACUGCUGCGAGGAUCUCCCGCGGUCGAUGCGCAGCUUGACCAGGUGUUGGCCACGGACCCACUGAUCCCUGCAGAGGCCUUAUUCCAGUCCGACUUGUGGCAGGAGGGCAAGCUUUUUGAUUUCAGGGACAUGUUGGAACAGAGGAAGGCUGCCAUGCAGCCUGCUCCAGAGCCAGAGCCCAAGGUGCAGGAGCCAGAGCCCAUCAAAGAGGUUCAAGAGACCGAGGCGAAGAAUCAAGACACGUCAGAAGAGCCAGAGGCGAUGCCGCAAAUCAUGGCUGAUGUUGAAGAGGACGAGGCAGGGCAUAAGUGCGUGCCUCAGAAGGUGGAUCGUUUGGCCAGCUUCAAUCUGCUGGAGCUCCCGACGGAUGUGGUCUCGGUCCUGCAAGGUGGAGAUGAUAACUACUUUGAGCAGGUUCUUGACUGGGCGAGGGUUCGUGUGAACACGUUCGUGGAUUUGGAGGUUAAAGCCAGGAACUCCACUGGGAGGCGCCAGCAGGUAAAGGAACUCUAUGAGCGUCAUGGUGGGACUCCUUUCUUCAUCAUCUAUGACGUGAAAUGCCGGCUCCACCUGAAGGACGACCUGAUUUCCCAUCCCUGGAAGCGCCCGACGCCGCUCAAUUCGAACGACUUCAAGUACUGGCUCUCAGCAUUCUGGUUGGAUCCAAAGUUGACGCUUGCUUUAUCUAAGAAGGAUAAGGCAACUCCCCUGUUCCGCUCCCAGGACGUCUUUGUGGCGAUGGACGGGAGGUCGCCGACAAAUUCGGAUGCCAUCUGCAAGGCGAUCACAGGUGUCUUGAAAGCCGUUGACUCCAUGCCUAAGCGACUCUUCACUGUGCUGCGCAGGUCGUAUACAAACAUAGAAUUCGCUAAGGGUGGCUAUGCCGCCCCAAAGCGAAAGUCGUCGCUUCAUCCGCAGGCCCCAGACCCGCUAGAGAAUGCGUACAUCAUAGUCACGAAGGAGUUCGUUAUGCCACACAGAGAGUCUCCGGUGCCGGCUGUGGUUUUGGACAAUUUCUGUCGGGGAUGGCAAGGCAUGGACAUGAAAUCGCGAAUGGAUCAUGGCUUCACCAUGGUCUCGCCAAGUGUCCACCAGAGCUUGCAGAAUGCGGAUGAGAAAGACAACGAGCCUGAGGUGAAGACCGAGGAUGGCAGGUCCCUGAUGCCGCCUGCCAAGGGCGAUGGUGAAGACAACGCUGAGGCUGGGCAGGCCCCGUUGCAGGGCGAGGUCCAGGAUGAGGGCGGCAAUGCAGCCAAGCCUGACAACGUCCCCUUGGCGCC